GGUGUAAACAUGAAGGUCUAAAGUGUUAAAAAGCUAAUCUUCAAUGGUUGGCCAAAAAUGAAUGAAAUGAAUGGUUACUCAGGAUACAGAAGCCCAAGUGCAGCUGCUCAUCUGCAAUGGGCUCACCAGCUGCAUGCACACGCAUACUCUCUGCUCCUUGUUCACUCCCUUCCCUGGGAACUGUGAGCUCAGGUUCAACUCAAAUCUUCUCAAGAUCACCAAUAUUUCCACUUUUAUCAUCAAGAAAUGCUGACCCAUGUUGUCGAAGCACAAAUUUACACAAUUUCAGAAUCCCAACUCCCGUAAUAAGAGCUGCCCUUGAUGGAACAGAUCAACAAACCAGUACCCCUGUUCUUAUUGAGGAAGAAGAUGAAGAAAGUAAACAACCAAGUGAGGAAGUUAGAAGGAGCGUAGAAGUACUCAAGACUGCAGCAAAGACUAGAAAAGUUGCAGCAGAGGAGAUUUUGUCGGCUUUCAAAAUUUUGGAGAAGGCUAAACUUAAUCCUUCAGGAUUUCUUGAUACUCUCGGUGGAACUGAAUCUCCCGGAAGAACAUGGAUGCUUAUAUUCACAGCUGAGAAACAAUUAAAUAGCGGCAAAUAUUUUCCCAUUACUGCUAUUCAGAGGUUCGAUGCUGUUGGGAAGAGGAUCGAGAAUGGUGUUUAUUUAGGACCUCUUGGCUGGUUAACAUUUGAAGGCAGGCUAUCGUGGAAAAAGAGAAUACUUGCAUUUAUGUUUGAGCGUCUUCGUAUAAAAGUUGGACCAUUCAAUCCAUUCGACAUCAACAUCAAAGGAGAAGACGAGAGUGAACCAAGCACCAAGAAUCCAUUCUUCAUUUGGUUUUACAUAGACGAGGAAAUUGCUGUGGCUCGAGGCAGAAGUGGUGGAACUGCUUUCUGGUGUCGUUGUCGUCGUGUUGAGGGUUAUUGACUUCCUUUGAUCUUGUCUAUGUUGUAUAGUUAUAAGCAUAAACUUUCUAGUUUCAGCUUAUAAAAUGUGUCUUAUACUUAGUAAUCCAUCAAGAACAAUGUCGACUGUAACACAUUUGUAUCAAGUUAGAGCUGGUCUCUUACUAA